AUGGCCGACAUAAGCGGGAGAUAUACUCCCUCUCCUCCACCUCCGCCGCCUCCUCCCAAGGAAGACCCUCCUCUCCAAUCCGUUGCUACCAACAUCCCUCCUGCACACACCACCGUUAAGUCGCCUGUCCGCAGGAAACCGCUACCGAACAAGGCCACCGCUGUCGCCGUCGCACCAUCACCCCCUCCGCACGAGCCGAACGAUAGCUCGACUCAGAUCUUCGGUCAGGUAAUUCAGCACCUCACCGCCCGCAAGCAGGCCUUAGAAUCGCCUCCUCGGAUAGAAACCACUCACGAAUCCGUCGUAGACACCGACAGUCCGACCACAUACGACACCCUCCCGAAUAUCACCCACGACGACUUCCCCGUCCCACCCACGCGCAGCUCAGAUGCCUCCUCCGCGGAUAAUGAUACAAUAGAAGAUAUGGCCCUCAAGCCUGGCGGUACCCGGCCGCCACCCCUGCGCACUGACUCGGGCUCGUCGGUGACGGCCAGUGAUCAAAGGAAACCACAAACACCUGGCAGUAAAUUCACCUCUUUCUUCACCAGGAAACAAACAUCUUCGCCUGGUGCCGACUCGGGCGCCGCAGAAUCAGAAACGGCCAAGUCGCCCUUGCCGUCGCCGUAUCCUAACUCCGCCAAUUCCGCUAAUGGCUACCCCUUUCCAUCCCGCGGACCUCCCUCACAGCAGUCGCAGGACUCGAUCGAAUUUGACCCCAAUCAGAUUCAAAAUGGAGGUGUCAAUGACCGAGCUGCUGUCCUGGAGGCGGAGCUUCGGGAGAUCAGCAAAGAGCUCGCUGGCUCCAUAAAACGUGAAAUGGAUCUUGAAGAUGUCGUUGAACGAUUACAGUCGGAAAUCCCCUUGAGUGGAGUUCCUGCCGAUCGUACCAGUGACUACUUUUCCGACUCGGGAACGAGCUCGAUACGGCCUCCAACCAGCGAAUACAGCCCCAAGGAAGAAAUUGAACGUACCAAGCGUGAGUCUGAACAACAAAGGGCCCAGCUAAAGGUUGAGUUCUCACAAAAAUGGCAAAGAGAAGUUGCCACGCGAAAAGCGAUGGAGUCGCAUUUGCAGUUCAUGGAGCAGAGACUGAAGAACCAGCACUGGCAUCGAGAUGAAUCUCUUGGUGCAUCAAGCAAAGCCAAAGAACUGGAAGCAUCUCUCGACGACACCAAACGCAGACUCAAUGAGGAGAGGCAAACCAACCAGAACUUCGAAGAUCUGCUCAGUGCUCUCAGGGAAGACUUAGCCCGUAUUCGAAACGAGCGGGACAAUCUAAAGGACGAAGUUGUUCCGGGUCUGAAAGCCAGACUCGAGGGCCUUGAAGCUGCUACCGCUGAUGCUCAAAAGGCGCCAUACGAUGUUGCCCGGAUGCAGCAUGAGCUUCAAAGUCUCCGAGACGAGAACGCAGCGCUGCACUCUGCUCGUAUGAUGAACGCGCAGUUCGAGUCCAUCGUCGAAGAAGACGAUGCCACAGGAUCCCGUCGCAACUCUAACGUCGGCGGUCUUCGGCGGACCGGCACUAUUGGUCGCUCGACUUCUCGUGCCGGCGGUCUUGGCCGGUCCAACUCAAUUUCAAAGAAUCUGCAGAAUGAGUCACGAGAGUCGCUGGCCGAGCAACUCAAGGCUGUUGAGCAACAGCGGGAAGCACUUCACACGGCCGUCCAAUACCUACUGAGAAGGCAAACUCACCAGAAUAAGCAGCAUGACAAGCGUCUAAAGUUUGCCGAGGCGGAGCGUGAUAGGGCUUUGCAAACGGCCUUUUCCGGAGGCCGCAAACCCGGCUACGAGAAGGAAGUCCGUGUUCUUCGGUCCGAGAUCAAUCUCCUCCGCAAGCGCGCCGAUGACGCCAUGGAGCAGAAGUGGCAGUGUGAAAAGGGACUUGCCAGUUUAGCCAUGGAUCUCAACCGCAGCAAGCAGGAGACUGCAAGCUUGCAGCAGCUGCUUGAAGCCAAGGACAAUCAUGAUCCCGACGUCCUCUCGUCAGCUCUGGAGUCUGCUUUGCAGACUUUGAAUCAGCAGCGUGAUCAAAUGAGCGAGCGCGAUUCUCUGACAGUUCUUAACAAUGAGCAAGAAAUGUCAAAUGAGCUUGAACGUUCCGCCGCUCGCUCCGAAGCCCUUGCAGCCCAAGUCAGGCAGCAACUAAAGACCAAUGGCGGACUGCGCGAGCGACUCAAGGAGGCAAUUGCGCGAGGCGAGCGAUCUCAACUGGCCUCGGCUGCACAAAUCACUGAGCUCCAGGCCAAGCUACGUAGGCUUGAAGAUACUAUUACUACCGCGCAGACGCAGUCCGAGACGGCCGUUAUGAAGCAUGAAGACGAGAUGCGGGUGAUGCGCGCGUCGACACACGCGUCGUUGCUGAGAGCCAAAAACAGCAAUCCGACUUUGCUGUCGCCAACUCCCAGAAGCCCCAUGAGCCCGAUGCUCACCCAUCCCAACAGAAGCCCUCGUCUCGACCGCACUAGCAGCGGUCCAGGGGUGGCUCUUCAUGAUGCUCUCAAGACUGAAUACCUUGAACGCAAGGUGUCUGAGCUUGAAAAGGCGCUUUCCGAGGCUGAGAAGGAAAUGGGUGAGGUCGUUGGCCGUAUGAACACAGCACAAAUCAGCACCAUGGAGCUGGAGGGUGAAAGAGAUGAAGCUUUCCGCCAAACCAGACGUCUCGAAACCGAGAUUGUGGCCGAGCGUGAAAAGAUGAAGCGUCUACUUUCCAACAUGGGCUUGCCCCCCGAGAGUGCGGGCAUGACCGACGACUAG